AUGAUUGAUGCUAAGGUUAAGAGUGGUAUAAUUAUUCCUUCAGAUGCAAUUAUUAAAGCUGGUUUAACUAUCACACACCAGUUCUUUGCAGAUGAUCUGUUAAUGGUAGUCAGAGCUAAUAUGGCUACUGUCUUAUGUUUGAAAAGAACUUUGGUGCACUUUGAAAAACUCUCUGGACUUGCUGUUAACAAAGAUAUAUCAGAACUUUAUUUUACCAGUUCUGUGAGAAGAAGAUCUGUAGUGGUAAGGGCUUUGGGUUGUAAGGUGGGAUCUCUACCAUUUAAUUACCUGGGCUUACCUAUCUCUGGUAAGAUGCUGAGAAGGCAAGAUUGUACUAGCUUGAUUGAUAAAGUUAUAGUUACUACCACCAGAUGGAAUGGCAUGCACUUAUCUAUGGCUGGGAAAGUGGAGCUUAGCAGGACUGUAAUUCUUCCUGUGGUGCUCUAUUGGACCUCAGUUUAUUCGUUACCUGCUGUGGUAAUAAACUUAAUUGAGAAACGAAUGAGGAAUUUUAUUUAG